GGGAGCGGAGGCGCGCACGUUGCCAAGCGGCGGGGCGGGGGCGCGCACGCCGUUGCCAAGCGGCGAAUUCCGGCCGCCGUAGCUCAAGCCAAAAGGAAGGAGAAACAUACUAAAAUGUCACCUGAAGUGGCCUUGAACAGAAUUUCUCCAGCACUUUCACCCUUCAUUUCCAGUGUGGUCAGAAAUGGAAAAGUAGGACUAGAUGCUACGAAUUGUUUACGGAUUACAGACUUGAAGUCUGGCUGCACAUCAUUGACCCCAGGACCCAGCUGCGAUCGUUUUAAGCUACAUAUCCCUUAUGCGGGAGAAACACUCAAAUGGGAUAUUAUUUUUAAUGCUCACUAUCCUGACCUGCCACCAGAUUUUAUCUUUGGAGAGGAUGCUGAAUUUUUGCCAGAUCCUUCUGCCUUGCAUAAUUUAGCUUCCUGGAAUCCUUCAAACCCUGAAUGCCUUCUGCUUGUUGUGAAAGAGCUUGUGCAGCAGUAUCACCAAUUUCAGUGCAGCCGAUUACGGGAGAGCUCUCGUCUCAUGUUUGAGUAUCAGACUUUACUUGAAGAGCCCCAGUAUGGAGAAAAUAUGGAAAUCUAUGCUGGCAAAAAAAACAACUGGACUGGAGAAUUCUCAGCUCGCUUCCUCUUGAAGUUGCCUGUUGAUUUCAGCAAUAUUCCUACAUACCUUCUCAAGGAUGUGAAUGAAGACCCUGGAGAAGAUGUUGCACUUCUCUCCGUUAGUUUUGAGGACACAGAAGCUACUCAGGUUUUUCCUAAGUUGUACCUCUCCCCACGUAUUGAACAUGCCCUUGGAGGAUCAUCUGCCCUUCACAUCCCAGUCUUUCCUGGUGGAGGUUGUCUCAUCGACUAUGUACCCCAAGUAUGCCAGCUGCUAACAAACAAGGUACAAUAUGUUAUUCAGGGAUACCAUAAGAGAAGAGAGUACAUUGCAGCUUUCCUGAGUCACUUUGGAACUGGUGUAGUGGAAUAUGAUGCAGAAGGAUUCACAAAGCUUACUCUGUUGCUGAUGUGGAAAGAUUUUUGCUUCCUUGUUCACAUUGACCUACCCCUGUACUUUCCUCGAGAUCAACCAACCCUAACAUUUCAGUCCGUCUACCACUUCACUAACAGUGGUCAGCUGUACUCCCAGGCCCAGAAGAAUUACCCAUACAGCCCCCGAUGGGAUGGCAAUGAAAUGGCCAAGAGAGCAAAGACAUAUUUCAAGACAUUUGUCCCUCAGUUCCAGGAGGCAGCAUUUGCUAAUGGGAAGCUUUAGACAGCUUUGGGCAUGGAAACCAUACUGGACAAAUCCUUCAGUCUGCACAUGUCAGCCCAGAAGAAGAAUGCUUGGAAAUGGGUUGGACUGUCUUGAAUAGGUGCUUUCUUGCCUCUGAACUGGUUUUGGUAGCUUCAGUUUUUGAAACAAAGACCUCAUUAGCAUGCUUAGAACUAAAUAUUUAGUACUAGUCCUGCCCUUUUGCCUCUGUCACCACCAUAUAUAUAUCACCAUCACUAUCUAUCACUUUAUAUAUCUAUUAUAUUAAAUUUAAAAGGGUGUGUAUUGAUAUGUUAACACUUUCUUGUGCCAACAAUGUCCUGUAUGUUAUGCCUUGUUUCCUUGUCUUCAGAUGGUCUAAAAGGGAUUGUUUUUCCCCAUGGAAAUACGACGUUAUGUGUGUAUUUAGUUAACAUUUUCAGCUUAUCCUAAGAAAACAUAAAACUGCCGUAUGUACCAGGAAUGCCUAAUGGAUGUACAGUGCCAUGUUCUGCCUUGGAGGUUUGUGUCUCACUUGGUUGUUACUCUCACAGGUAUGGAUAUGAGUUGCACACUUCAAUUCCCAGUGCCUUUCCAGUUGGUCUGAAGUUAAUAUGGCAGGGUGUUAGAGGUUUGGUGGUUUUUCUAAUACUUCUGUUGAAAGCUCAUAUUAUGUGAAAUGUUAGGCUUUUAUGCUUUGUUUUUAUCUCCAGUUGUACAGUUUUGGUGUUUUCCUAAUGAGCGCCCCUUGCCAUUACAAAGAAGUUAUACUUCUUUAGUACCAACAUGCAAGUAACUAGUAACUAAACCAGAAUAACAAAAUAAAACUCUUUCAUGAACCUGUAAUUUUUCCAAAUAAGAUAAAUACUGCUAAGAAGCAAACUUUCAACAAAGGGAUGAAUGAUGUCUUGGAAAAUAGCUGAUGAAAUAAUGUAGGGCUAUAGGUAUUUAGCUUAAUGCUUAAGUUCAGCAUAUCUUCUCAGAAAAUAUUUUCAAGUGUAUAUAACUGGAAACAUUACCUCUGCUAAUUCUGAAAUGCCAAAUGCAAAAUCCCACCUAUUCAUCCUUCCUUUCCUGCUUCUGUCAGGCACAUCAGUUGGGAUUAAUGUUCACAAUGUCACUUCCCCAAUUAAUUUUUGAAUAGACCAAGGUACUUUCCAGUAAGGAAUAAAAUUAACAGAGCAUGUUGCUUAUAAAUGGUAUCUGGAAAAUGUGCUCUACUUCUGCUAAAUACAAGGAACUAAAUGAAUAAUAUAUAGAUGAUACAGUGGAACUGGAAAAUAUUUAAUUUUAAAUUAUUCACUACAGCAUCACAUGCAAGGAAGUCUUGUAAAACUUGAUUGGCAGUGUUCUCCUACCCUUUCUAACUUACUUUGCAUGAAAAAUAGUGCUUUUCAGGGUUUAUGUUCACCUAGGAAAUACGGAUUGGUUUUGAGUAGUGGAACUUAAUAAUUCACCUCUAGAAACUACAAGUAUUUUAGCUAGUUUGUGGGCAAAAUUUAAUUUAUGUUUAAUACUGAAAUUCUUGGCAGAAAAUUAAGCUGCAAACAAAAUCAGAAGCUUUAUUGUAAGCCUGCAGAGAAGGCAUAUUCUAUCCUGUGAUCCAGCCCUUUGUGAUUCUCUGUACUUUACCUAAGAUCUGUUACAACAGUUUCAAAGGUCUGAGCCUGAAUUCCCUCUGUGGAGAUAUUGUAUGAGGCUUUUGCAUGCUUAGAGCAGAUGUGGAAGGUAGUGGUUUUAUGUGGAUAGUAAAAUCAUAACUGAACAACAUCAAGUGACUAAGAACAAAAUAUUGUUUAGUAUACUGGGAUGAUCUCACUUCUACAUUUCUUCAGGUAAAAGCCAAAGCCACAGAUGCAUAUUCAAGAAUAAGCCAACCUUGUGAAUGGGGUAGGAGAAGGAGGGUGGCUAAUGAAAAACAUUUUUUUCUCAUAGUGUUCAAAAUCUGAUAGAAACAAUCUCUAGCCAUCUUCAAAAAGUAUAAACCAAACCCUUAUAUUGUAUCAGUACAUUUAUGGAAUCUUAAAUUUUAUAACUUUGUCAUUGAUUCAGUGUUGUACUGAUUGCACCAGGAACACAGUGCUUUAUAUACCUGAUUGCCCAAGUGACACCAGUUAUAUUUUUUUUUUAUCUUUUCAGAAGUUAUCAUAAUUUAAAGGAUAGCAAUUGCAAAAUAGUUUGAAAAGAGGUCCAGUCUUCAGAAUUUAGUUUAUUCUCAACCAAAAAUGCAGCCUUCACCUCAGUCCUAGUAAUUCUGAACAAUGUACUGCUUUAUUAUUAAAUAGUUUUAGAAGCCAUGUAAGAAAAUAUUUUGAGGGUACUAAAAGCCUAAACCAGCAAUUAAUUGUGUUGAAUUCAAUAGUUUCACCAACUUUUCACUAACAUACAUAGAAAUAAAUUAAUAGUUUCAGUCUAAUUUUAACAUCAUGGUACAAUUGGUAGUAUUUUGAAGAAAAAAAAGGUAGAAAAUAUGAAAAACUGUACUGUUUGUGUUUAAGAUAAUAUCAAUUUUCAGAUUAGAAGAAAAGGCAUUUUUGUUACACUUAAUGAACAUUUUCUUUAUUUCAAAGCCACCCUUCACUCUUUGACCUACAUGGUAUUUUAUGGAUCCCUUUCUAAUAGUUCUCAAAAGUAUUGAGAGUGUUAGCUCUCCAGAUGGGGCAUUGAGAUGAGAAACACUGAAAUUAAUGGAUGCCUCUCUCCAGGAGAAUUACCAUAUAAAUACUAUACCAGAAGAGGGUUUGUUUGAAUAAUUUUAUAUCAAACCAAGUAUCCAUUGAAGGCAUUUAAGUUAGACACAAAAGUUGGGAUCAAAUGAGUUGGAGUUAUUUCUGUUAUCUCCUGUUUUACUAUAAUUUCCAUUGUGGCCAUUUUAACAGCACCAAGACUCAGCACUUCCUUCCCUAUUAUGUGAUAUAUGCAAUUGAAGGGAGCAGUCAGACCUAGGCUAUUUUCCUUGGCUUAUAAGAACCACAAAACAUAGGAGAAAAAUAGCAAUAUUGCAAACAUAUCAAAAAGCCUAAACUCUACACUGUCCUAGUUUGACUGAAAGAAUGCAGUAAGUCUUGAGUUACUAAACUCUGCUAAUGCAUGGUUUUCCAAAGAUCCUUAAAUCACAAACUUAAGAGUCAAGCCUUCAUUCAUCUGCAUACAUAAUCCACUGUCCUAGAAGUAAUACCAAAUCUUAUGGAUUCAAAGUCAGGUUUUUUAUGAACUUGCUGGAAAGACUGGACAAACAGCUGGAAGAAUAAAUAAAAGGUAACUAUACCGCACAUUGUUUGGCCUUCAUUGAUCUUUCCUUUGUGCUGGCCACUGCUUUGUUUAUUGGCACUUUUCAUUUGCUGAAAUGGCAUGUUUUGGUAUUGUCACUGCCCUUGAACAUCCGCCCAUUCAUAACAGAGAGUAACGAGUCAGUUUUUGAGGAGAGAUCAUUGCUGUAGUUAGCACAGAUCUCCUGUGCAUUGUUAAACCCUCCCUAGGGAUGUUUCUCUCUAUGUUCCCUUUCUCUCAUCAUGUCCGGAACCUACAAAUCUUUGCUUCAUCUUUGGUGAAUCAGUUGGUAGAUGAGAUUUAGCCAUGAAGUGCAGUACUUUAAGUCUCACGUAAGGUGGUUUUACACAGAGACUUCUUACCUAGGAAAGAAAGGAUUAAAUACUCCCCAUUGAGCAGUGCGCCCUAAUACAAAACUGGGGGUUCAGCAGAGCUCAGAAACCUGUUUAAGUGAUGAGUGGGGAUUGCAGCUUAGACCUCCUUCUGUGUCAGUACCCUUAGCCAGAGAAGCAGCAGGCAAUAGAAACCUGUAGCAGUACAUGGGGCUCACCAGUGCAGGUCUGAAAUGCAUUUUUAGCACCAUGUCUGUGCAGCAGUGACAUGGGCAUGAAGGGGCAAGUCCUUUGUCAGUGCAGAAGGGGAGCUUCUCACCUUUCUAGCUUUGUGAGGAGGAUGUGCUGCAAGGAGAUAGCAAGCUUCGGAUACAAUUUAUGACCACAAUUGUUAAUUAUGGGGUGCUGUUCCUUGCCCUGCGAAGUAAAUGAAGUCUGUGACCAAACUGAACUGCCCCAGUGAACACUCUUCCCUUAAAUUACUUUUGUCUCUGUAAUUGAUGCAAUGUAACCCUCAUUAAAUGUAAAAGUUACUUCUUAAAUGCUACUAAAAUUCCCGUAAGUCAUCUCCUUUCCAGAUUUUAUUUUCAGGUCUCUGUCCUCUUCUGGGACAAUUUUGCUUCAUCCUUACUUGUUACUGCUAUUUUUAGCAAACUUGAGUUCUUUCUUUUAACAAGGUAACAAGGUCUAUGCCAGCAUCUUGUGGACCUACAUUAAAUACAGAAUUAUUUGCUAUAAAAAUAAGUAGAAGCUGUUUGUUAUUUACUAAGCCAAGUGUUGUGUUCUCCACAACAGAAAAAUUCUGAGGAAAGACUGCUACCAGAUCAGAGAGGAUAAGCAUGCUGAUGGAGCUGGGUACAUUUUUUUUUACCAACUCUUCAUUUAAUUUCCAUGUUUGGAAAUUAGCAGUGGCAAAGUGAAUUGUCCUUUCCUGAAGGAAGCCUACACCUGAAUAAAGUGUUGAUCAGACAUUUAUUUUCCUGUUUAUACUUCACAUCAAUAGGGUUUACCCCUACAGGGAAAGUCAGUAAAAAUUUGAAAAAGUCUAUAAACAGUGCAGGGUUUUUUAAUAUUUUGAUUUACUUAUUUCUGUAUAUUCAGAGAAUAAUUUCAAGCAUUGUUCUGGGGGAAGGUAAACAACACAAAUAUCAGAAACAUGCAAGUAAUUUUAGCUAUGUAGGAAAUAAUAGUCUAGCAGUCAAAGUAUUAUUCUGCAAGAACUCAAGGGUUCUGCCAUAUAUUUCUAAGCAUGUGCCUUAAAAGGCCAUGGUGCAUAGGUGAUGUUAGUCCUGCUUUUCUUAUUCUGUUCCCUGUAUGAUGUUAAAAAACUCAGUUCUUGGUUCCAAGCCACUGUGCAAACACCAUCUUGUUGAAGUGGUAGUUACCAAGGGAAAAGGAAAGGGGGAAACCAGUAUCGGCUGAUGAAAAUAGGUCUUAAAUCAUGAAGAAAUCAGAAAGGAAGCAAGGUUUGGUGACUGCCCUGCCACUUGCUGAGUCUACAAUAUAUGGACCUUUAAAUGUGCACCCAGUACAAAAUAGAGGAGGUUUUUCUUGCAGUGCUAAAGAAUAAAGCAGUUCUAAACAACAGGAAGUAAAGUAAGCAUUUCAUUGCAAAAUACACACUGCAAGUCUAACAUUAUUUUUGUCUACAGCUCCCUGCAUUUUUCCUGUCACCAGAAAGGGUGAAGAAUUAAUGCCUUGUGCUGCAGCUGCCUACAGUGAAAAUUGAUCCUUGGGGUACUCCAUGUUUUCAUCCAACUCUAGUUAAACCAUAAUGAUGCUCUUUCUAUCCCUGAGGAUGGCAAAGCAGUACUAGAGAACAGCAAAUCUUACACUGUCAGGGGUUUCUGUUCCACUGCUGCUCCAUUUCAAGCCCUUGAUUUGGGUGGGGCAAGUACUUUGUAAGCCUUCAAGCCUUCCAGCAAUCAGGGUACAUUUACUUUCCUUGUUGUUUAUUUGAACUGGCUCAAGCUGAUCCUAAUCUGACACCCUCGUUCCCUUACUCCACUGUCCCUUUCAGCAAAAUUUUAUCAGUACUUGUUUAAAAUCCAGUGCCGUCGAAGUUAUUUGUCUUUCGAAGGAGAUGUAGCACUGGUGCAAGAAUAGCAGCUCGAGGUUGGAGCCUUGUGUUUCUUCUCUGAACUGCAGCAUCAUCAGCAGCCCAAGCAUUGCACACCCCUCCCAGCAAACCUCACUUGAACUGGGUGUGACAGGCUGGCAAUCUGGGGUGACAAAAAUCCAGACCCAUUUUGUGCUUUUCCUCAGAGGGCCAGCAAAAGGGCCUCUGCUGGCUCAGGUGCUGUGUGUAGCCUGUGAGAUUCUGGCUGCAGGAAGCUUUGGUUGCUCAUCAGCUGGGACUAGGUUCAUUCAGUGAACACAGGAGCUGUGCCAGGGGGGAAUGCCAUGCUGCUGAUGCUGCUGAAGCCAGGGGUUUCCUCUUAAUGCCUUGAUAGGAAAAGGCAGCUGCAAAAUCCAGCUGCAGCUCAAAUACAGCCCUGCCAGCUAGGGGUGAUUUCUUGCGUGUUUUGGCCAACUGAGCCAGCUCUCUGAUGAAAUAGACAUUAUUGGCAUGCUGUGUUUCCUAGACUUUCUGCACUCAUCUCCCUGUCCCUUGUAUCCAGUAGUUGCUGUGUCUCUACACACCCAUUUUCCUCUUGACUAUAGAGGAGCUCUCAGGCAGCUCACAGGUGAACCAGGAAAGAGGAUGGCAUCUGCUGGUUUCAGCAAGGAAGGUGCAUUUGGAUGAAUGAGUUUGGACUGUGAGAAUUUGGCUUGUCUUCCUCAGAGCACCCACAGCCCUGGUAGGCAAGAAGAAAUGACAGCUUCUGUCUAAUGGGGUCAGAUAGUAAAUGGAGCUGUUUCCACACAGUGGUGGCUGGUAUGUAAUUAUACACUGGGGCCAUGGCAUGUCUGGUCCUAGUAGCACCCGGGACUCUUGGGAGUGACUCAGCUGCUGCUUAGGGCUAAUUAUGGGCAGGUUGCACGCAAAAUCCCCACAACUUGAUCAUGCCUUCCUCUCCUCCAGUGGAUGGGUGUUCAGCAGCAGCCUGGAUUGCUCAUACGAAGCUCAUACAAAAAGGGUGAAUACGUGCUUGUGAAGAAAAGGCUUUUCAAAGCUAGUCUGCAAAGAACGCUCAGAGGUGCCUGGUUUGAAGAGGAGGUAGUGUCUGUCUGGACACCACCGUUUGCUCAGGCAAAUCCAAUUCCCUGUCUCUGGCAUUACCCAUUGCUAGAGUACUUUAUAAGAGAGAUUCAAAAAUAACCUAAUUGCUUGGUUUGUCAUGCUUGUAGAUGUCAGGACUAUUUCUUCUGCAUUUGUCAUAGCCAUUUUGUUGAAUUUGGCAUUAUUUUCAUUGUGGUGCUUUAGAAAUGGAUCAUGGGUAAUGGCUCUUUUCAAAAAUGAACCAUGUAUUCACCACUGUGGUAUACUGUGGCAAAAGGGUCCCCACAUUAGCUAUAUUGUGUGAAGUAUUUGUUAUCUUCUCUGCUCCUGAGAUACUUUGGGAAGUAUCAGGGAAGUUAAUUCAGGUCAAGCACUUAGAAGAUGAUGGAGAUUACCAGCAUCACUGUAUAGAUCCCCAUGUUUGCUAAGUCCUGAUUUUAAAGCAUAAACCUUAAAGAAACAUCAUAAGUAUCUAUCUCCCUGUGUUACAUACACAUAAAUAUGAAAGCUGCAAGAAGCUGUUGAAAUGAAUUUGCAGGCAGUUUUGUGACUGCUUCCUCACAGGGCUGUUGCAUUGUGUUUAUGGGGAAGAGGUACCAAAAAUUCUACCUCAAGAAAUUAUACCUUCGAAGGCACAAAUCUCCAGGAUACCAAGCCCACAGCAGAGAGUAUUUCCACAGGAACAUGCACCACAGUGGAAGUGGUGCGCUCCAGAGGCUGGGGGAAUCUCCCUGGACAUUGGUGAGCCAGGACUAGGUAAAGCCAUGGUAGUCCUAGCCAGCAACUGGAGAUAGUCCUACUUCAAGGAAAAUGUGGGACUAAAUGAUCUGAAGACAAACCUUUCAGGCAACUUGGACAUGGUUUGAUUAAUUUUUUAAUGCCUGUGAUACAGAUCUAAGUACAAACUAUCUCCUUUAAAGAUUGUUCGGAGGCAAUAGCACUUGGAAGCAAAGUGAAGAGCAUAAGUGGUGAGAUUUCAUAAGUUUAUUGUUUCUAACCAUUUUUAGAUCUUAGGGCAAAACCAUAAAAUUUAAAUAAAUUCAGUACUUUUUCAGUCAUUCACUUGUUUUAGUAGGCAUGGCUGCAAAAAUGUGGCUUGUAUUUGUACAACACAAUGUUCUUAAGUAACUGCCUAGGCUAAUUCUGAGCAGAGCAGCUCAAGUACUUGUUCACACACUAUAUAUGUAUUGCAUCAUCCCUUCGUUUUUAUGAAAGGUACCUUGAUGUUGCUUUGAAGAAAAACUGUUUGGAUUUGAAAAUAGGCUGGGCUUCUGGAGCCAGUGCUUAGUGUAUACAAACAAGAUACUUCUUCAGGGAGGAGCUAGGGCUAGAAAUCAGUCCAACCUGUGUUGAAUUCUGGUUGUUUAGACCACUUAAAGAACAGUUCACAAACUGUUAAAGAGUUAAAACCGAGUGAAAUGAGAUGCUUUGUGGGCAAGGUUAUCCCUGCCGACUGGCAGCCUGUGCGUGCCAACCUGAGGGGCCUGUUUGCAGGGUACUUACCUUUUACAUAUUGACAUCUUGCUAAAGAAAAGUAAGAAUUGUUUUGAGGUUUGUCUUUGCACCUUGUCCUGCCACUCAAGAUUAAAUCUCUCAGAAAAAGCAAGCUGUUUGGGAGGCAGACCAAGAAUGCCUUUACAGUGAAUAAAAAUAAAAACACCCAGCCAACUGUGAUUAACUACUGAAUGCAAAACACUCCCUGGGUUUUGUUUAUUUGUAGACUGUAGAAAAAGCUCACAAACAAUGCCAUGCUUUCAGUGUGAAAACACUUCAGCCUCUGCAUCCCUCUGUUGCUGGGGGAAGGAAAGGAUUUUGUCCAAGCUGGUUCAGGAGGGGGCUUUUUUUUUUAUUUCUAAAAGUGUUGUUUAUUUGUUUUUACAAAGGCGAUGUACCCAGUUUCCUCCCAUUGUGCAUAUUCCUGCCUCCAACUGUUCGAACCUAAACUGGACUUUGGCUCCCUCCCCUCUCACUCCACUGGGGAGAGCACCCAGCUCAGGCACAGUGCUGCCAGAUGCAGUGGCAUGCACAGAAUCCCUCUGUCUUCCAAAUGCUAUUAUUAAAAUAUAUUUAAAAAGAAAAAGAAAAAAAAAAAAAAAAGGUGCCUGCGUGCAAUUGCUUGUGGAUUGCAGGCAGCUGUGAGCAUCCCCAAGCUUUGAGGCAACCUCUGGAAAUGACAGUGAAGGAGCCCAAGCCCUUUGGACCUUUGCAAUGUGCUUUAUGUGUGUAUUUACCUGUUCGUCUUAGCAAAUGACAACCUCCAAGUGUACAGCCAGUUUUAGGUUUCAGGCAAGGGAGAGAAAGUGGGUGCUGGCAGCCAGAGAGAGGGAGCAGAGGCUUAUUGGCACUGUGCUGCUGUGGGCUUGGAACUGCACUGCUGGAUAUUGUGUUUGUGCUGGAAGGGCUGAAGGUGGAGGUGAGUACGUGGAAUUGUGCAGGAUUGCUCUUCAAGGUCAAGGUAAUGCAGAAAGCAAACAGUGUUAAUUGGGAAAGAAAAACAAGAUUAUUAAGACUCCUUUGGCUCCAGUUUUCUAAAUUGCAGGAGUCAAGGCGUUUGUAUUUUGUCAUUAACUUAUUAGUGAAUCUCUAAAUGCAGUGCAGGUCUGUUGGGAAUUUUAACAUUUAAAGCUGCAGUUUCAUCCCUCCACUACACACAGACAUAACCAAGCUCUCUAAAGGAAGGACCACACAGUGCAGCUUCUUGACAUUGGUUAUCAACUGAGUGUGGAUUAAAGCACAGGGUCUGCAGUGCUGCCUUCUGGUAUCCCAGUACCACACAUUACAUGAUGAAAGCAGAAUCAGGGCUCCUCAGUCCCAACUGCCCAGGCUGAGUCUCCAUCACUUAAGUAGUAAAACUGCAAAGGGGACAGUCUUAACAGCAGAACAGUCAGAAACAGGCAAUGAGAUUUGGCCCAAAGGGUCUCUGACUUAGGAGCCAGUUGCCUUCUAUGAAAUGUGAGCAGUAUACUGUUAUUUAAUACAGGAUUAGGUGCGCCUGUAGUACAGCUUUUUUUUCGUGCAUGAGCUGGAAAGCCUUUUGAUCCAGUUACGGCCGGUGUGAUCAGGACUCACCUGUAUGCACAAGUAUGUCAGGAUUUGGGGGUUUUUUUGUUUUGUUUUGUAUUUUUCUCUUCUAGGGCUAUUUGGCUUAUUUUGUUGACAGAAAAUAUAAAGCCAGUUCUGGCCACUCCCUAAAGUCACAGGGAACAGACUGCCAAAUUAACUCUUCCCAUCAUUUUACUAUGUGACUCUUAAAACAAACCAGGAUCCAAACCCCAGUGCAGCAGUUUCUGAGCAUGUGAGCAGCAGAACUGAUAACAUCUAAUCAGCCUCUUUGCCAAGGCAAGACAGCAAGAAGUUCUUGCUUUAUAACAUUUAAAAAUGCUUUGUAGUUAUAUAGGACUUUUCAUGUGAGGGCAUCAAAGUGCAGUACAGGUAUUCAUUAAUUAAUUAAGUUUCACAACACCCUUGUGAAGUAUUUGUGUCCGUUUUACAAACAAGGGACUGAGGUAGAAAGCAAGGAUGUGAUUUAUCCAGGGUGCUCCAUGGCAGGACAGGAGCCAGGCCAGCCUGCAGCACUGCUCCACCCUGUCUGAGACAGGGGGAUGCCAUGUCCAGUCUCACUGUGAGAAUGGGAAAUGGCUCCAUCCUCAGCCUGAGUCUCUGCUGCCAUGUCCCACUGGCAUUGCCUGAGAGCAGACAUGCUGAGAUGGCAGUGCAGAGGCUCCGGCUGCCCUUGCUCUGUCUCUGCAGACACCUGGCCUGUGCCCAAGUUGGUACAUCUGUUCCUGCAGCCCAGCACCACGAUGGGCCCAGGCAGGCAGUGUAGGAACGGCACAAGGCUGAAGGCAGUGCCCCUCCUCAAGAGACCAGGGCUCUUCACCCCCUCUCUAUCACCAGCAUAGCCAUGCCUGGAGUCACCAGGUGUGAUAUUUCAGUCCCUUAGACUAUUGCUAAGAGCUGGAAGGCUCUUGACACUGGUUGGGAAUAGGCAGGGUUUCCCCCAGAGCUUGCUGUCAACCAAGGCAGACAUCACCCACCUUUGCUGGCAUCACCCAGGGUCAGGCUGCUUCUUCACCUGCCUCUUGGGAGGCUCCACUUGAUGCCAGUUGUGCUCAGCACCCAUCUCCCUGCAGGAAUGGGCCCUGCAGGAGGCAGCAGUCCAUGCCAGUCUUGUCAAAAAUAAGGAAGCAAAGAAGAAGCUGCCACCAUGACUCUCAAGUGGCUGAGAGGAGCCACCAUGCAGGUAGAGCUCCUAAGGAUUCCCCUUCAGCUCCAAGCAAGGUGCCCAAACCCAGUGGGAAAAGGACAAUGCUCAAUAGCUCCACCUCCUACAAAACCUUUUGGUGAGCAGAACAAGCAAGCCUGGGAGAAACAGGCUUGGGUGAGGGAAGCAUGUGGGUCUGGGGCUGAGGGCAAGUGGCCAGAGUGGCCUCUUUCCCUACAGAAGAAAGAUGGGGGAGAACUUGCAUGCUGUUGCUCAGCCGGCCUGCUCCAGCAGCAAGGUAUUCUGGCCUUUCAGGAAACUGGCCCAGGGCUUUUUGAUCAUCAGAGAAAAUAAUGGAAAAAAUUUUAUUUAAUAGAGGUCAAAUUCCAUAGAUUCCGUUGGCUAAAUGGGGAAAACCUUAAAAUAGAAGGGUUUUUUUCCUUAAAAAAAAAAAUAAAAUAAGACCAAACAAGCUUUGUCCAACUGAGAAGAAUGAAAAGUUCUUCCUAGCACAUUGUGGUUAUUUGGUAAUAAUCAUGUGUUACACUGAUAUAAAAUUGCAUGCAGGGAGAACCGUAAUAAUUGUGUUGUGUAGAAUUGCCAAACACCAUCAGCUACCGUGAAUUAAAGCCCAUUCACAGUGGUUCACAUUUUUCUGAUACAUCAGUAAUUCCCUUCCUUGUGUCAUUUUGCUGAGCAAGACCUCCUUUUUUCCUGCCUCCAAGUUUUGAGCACAUAACUCAAGACAUCCAGUUUUUCAUUCACUCUCUUUGAAUCCUUAAUGUUUAACUGACUACAGUUUGUAAAUUAACUAUGCCAGAAAACAACAUAGUUUCAACUUUCAGGUCUCCUUAAUCUCCUCUGAAUUUUUGAUGUUUUGACUGAACUGAAAUGUAGAAAUUCCUCUAAAAGCAUAACUAGAAAAAAAAAAAACCACCAAAAAAACACAAAACAACCAAAAAAAACAGUUGGCCAAUGUAUGAUCUUCAGGCCCCAGUUCAAAGACAGCAUUUAAGCACUUGCUUAACUUACUAAUUGAAGUCAAUGGGAUUUCAAGCAUUUUGCUGAAAUAGGAGAUUCUGUGGACAAGGUUUGUGCCAGUACAUUUGUAAUACAGAAAUAAAGUGGUGCCAGGUUUA